AUGGCCUCUCCAGUCAACAAUACCACUACCUCGCCAUACUUCAGCGUGGUCGGAUUCCCGAUCUCCCACCAGCUCCGACCGGAGUCUUUAAGUCCGUGGUCUCCGACUUCGCCCACAGGUACGAUACAUGCAGGGUCUCCACUGACCUACAAAGAAGCUUACCUUGUGCAUCACUUUUCGACGCACCUCGGGUAUUGGCUCGACUGCACCGACGCUUCCCGCCAGUUUACCCGGAAAGUCCCCACCCUUGUCAAGCAAUCGCCGAUUCUGCUGCAUGCCGUACUUUCCUACGCGGCCCGGCACGUUGGCGAUGCCGAAAUGGCCGAGCAGGCGCAUGAGCGUUGCGUAGAAUUAUUGAUUCCCUCCCUGAGCUCGGAAACGGUGGCCAACGAUGAUAUUCUGUUGUGUGCAAUUGUCAUCCUGCGGGUGUUUGAACAGUUAAAUGGCAAGUGA